AUGAGUAUCCCACGCGCACGGGUAGUAGACCUUAUGAAGGCGCAAUGCAAAGUCUUUGCGACGACAUUUAACCCUGAAGGAACGCGACUGGGCAACAAAGUCCUGCGCCAACGUCUACGAGGCCCCGCGACGGCCGCCUACUACCCUCGGAAGAUUGUCACAAUCAAGGAUGUCAAGGCUGAAUUUGGUCCCGAGCUGGAUACGUGGGAUCCUGACGAGGAGGCCCGGUUCGAGUACAUCGAAGAGUGGGUGUCCACGAUCUCGAGGCUAUACACACAUACUAAUGCCUUACGGCUAGACUCAAGGCGCGUGGGAAGAGUAAUCCGAAGAAGAAGUCGGCACCGCCUGCUGCUAGUAAGUAUCUCGGUGGACGAGACUCCUGUUUCCUUUACUGACCAGAUCAUAGUGCCAGUCAAAGGCAAGAAGAAAUAA